GGCAAACGACGUCGUUGCGCGGCCAUGCGACGACACCGUUUCGUGUUUUUAAUUCUUCUUAUAAACCCUCCUCUAAUUUUGAAUAAUAAUGACCCAAACUCUCCGACAACGACACACAACUAGAUGAGAAAAGCUCUAUGUUUAACAGAAAGCCUAUCACCAACCUCAACCACCUUGCUCGAUCUCAACCGCCGACUAACCGCUCUCACCCGCUCCGGCUCAAACGCAAACGCUCUCAACCUCUUCGCCGACAUCCACCGCUCCACAACCCUAAAUCCAGAUCACUACACCCUCUCCUCCGCCAUCACCGCCGCUUCCCACCUCCGCGACCCCACCGUCUCCGGCGGCCAACUACACUCCUACGCCGUCCGCUCGGGUCUAUCCCGCCACUCCCACGUCUCCAACACGCUUCUCUCCCUCUACGCGGGGACCUCACUACUUUCCCUUAAGAAGAGCUUCCUAGAGAUCGAACACCCCGAUGUCUACUCGUGGACGACGCUUCUCGCCGCGUGCUUCAAGCUCGGGGAAAUCGAUUACGCCUUCAAGGUGUUCGACGAAAUGCCUGAGAGAAACAACGCCGCGGUGUGGAACGCGAUGAUUACUGGUUGUAAGGAGAAAGGGUAUUAUGGAACGAGUAUGGAGCUGUUUCGUGAGAUGCACGUGGUCGGUGUUGGGCAUGAUAAGUUCGGGUUCUCUACUGUGUUGAGCGUGUGUUGCUUGCGUUUCGGUAGGCAGGUGCAUUCUCUGGUCGUAAAGGCUGGGUUUUUAUCUGCUUCUUCUGUUGUUAACGCCGUUAUAACGAUGUAUUUUAACGGCGGGGUUGUUAGCGACGCUUGUUCGGUGUUUGAAGAAGCUGGUGUUGGUGUUCGUGAUCAGGUCACUUUCAACGUGGUUAUUGAUGGUUUGGCGGGUUUGAGAAGAGGAGAGCCUUUGCUUGUGUUUAGAGAGAUGCUAGAGUCUGGUCUUAGACCUACUGAUUUGACUUUUGUGAGUGUGAUGAGUUCGUGUUCGUGUGCUGGUAUGGGACGCCAAGUACAUGGACUAGCUAUCAAGACAGGGUACGAAGAGUAUACUUUGGUUAGCAAUUCGGCGAUGUCAAUGUACUCUUCUUUUGAGGAUCUUGUGGCGGCGAGAAAGGUUUUCGAGUCGCUGCGAGAGAAAGAUUUGGUUACUUGGAAUACGAUGAUCUCAGGGUAUAACCAAGCGAGGUUGGGCGAGUCUGCGGUGUCGGUGUACAAGCGAAUGCAUGGAAUCGGAGUUAAACCGGAUGAGUUUACUUUCGGGAGUCUUUUAGCAAGCUCUCUAGAUUUAGAUGCUUUGGAGAUGGUUCAAGCGUGUGUGAUCAAGUUUGGUCUCAGUUCGAAGAUGGAAGUUUCCAACGCGUUGAUCUCUGCCUACUCUAAGCAGAGUGAGAUAGCAAAAGCUGAUCUAAUAUUCGGAGGAGCUCCGAAGAAGAAUCUAAUCUCAUGGAACGCGAUGAUCUCAGGGCUUUACCAUAACGGGUUACCUUUUGAAGGUUUGAAAAGAUUCUCUAGGUUGCUAGAAACAGAGGUUCUAGUCUUACCUGACGCGUAUACUCUCAGCAUUCUCUUGAGCAUCUGCGUGAACAUUUCUUCGUUGAUGCUCGGGAAGCAGGCUCACGCUUACGUCAUCAGACACGGGCUCUUCGAGGAGACGUUGCUAGGUAACGCGCUUAUAAACAUGUACUCUCAAUGCGGGACUGUGCAAAAGUCUCUUCAAGUGUUCAACCAGAUGUCUGAAAAGGACGUCGUGUCAUGGAACUCUCUGAUCUCUGCGUACGCGAGGCACGGGGGAGGAGAGAGCGCGGUUGUUGCUUUCAAGACGAUGCAAGAGGAAGGAGAAGUGGAUGCCGAUGCAGCCACGUUCACAGCGGUUCUCUCUGCUUGUAGUCACUCCGGUUUGGUCGAAGAGGGGCUUGAGAUCUUUAACUCGAUUGCGAAACCGAGUGCGGAUCAUUUUUCGUGCUUGGUGGACCUUCUUGGUCGGGCGGGUUACCUGGAUGAAGCGGGAAGCUUGGUGAAGAAGAUGAGCGGGUGUAGGGUAGAUGCGUUGUGGGGUUUGUUUAGUGCUUGUGCUGCUCAUGGAGAUUUGAAGCUGGGGAAGAUGGUUGCUAGGUUGCUAAUGGAACAGGAGAAGGAUGAUCCUUCCUCGGUUUAUGUUCAACUGUCGAAUAUUUACGCAGGGGCUGGUUUGUGGAAAGAAGCAGAAGAGACUAGAGAAGCCAUGAAUCUGAUUGGUGGAGCUAUGAAGCAACGAGGUUGCAGCUGGAUGAGAUUGUGAUCCGAUUUGGUUUACAUUACAAAUAUGUAUAUUUACUUAAUACCGUAUGUAUUAAAUGUGGAUUAAAGCAAAUCCCGUUCAUGCAUGCAUGCUCUUGUAACAUUUAUUACAAUAAUAACCAUAACACUGUAACAAGCAUGUCUCCUCUUUGAUUGUU